AUGGUUGUGUUUGGGUGGUGUCGGUGGUGGCAACGUGCAGAGUUUGAGACGUGGGUAAAGAAGGGUAGGGAGAGAAUGAAAGCGGAGAAGAUGGGGCUAUUUUGGUCCCUUCAAAAUGUUAGUGCAACGGGUCAAACCCGGAUCUUUUUAACUGAGACUGAAAUAUUAGCCUGCAAACCUGUAGAGACACCUAUAGAGAUGAAUCACAAGCUUGGAAAGUCUGUGGAUCAGGUCCCAACUGACAAGGGACGUUAUCAACGGUUAGUCGGGAGACUAAUCUAUUUGUCACACACAAGGCCGGACAUAACCUAUGCAGUAAGUGUGUUGAGCCAGUUCAUGCAUGCACUGAGUGAAGAACAUAUGAAUGCAGUGUAUCGGAUCUUAAAGUAUUUGAAGAGUGCACCAGGAAGAGGAUUGCUAUUCUCCAAGAAUGGGGUCCAUGGAAUUGAAGGAUAUACAGAUUCUGAUUAG